AUGACACCCCUCCGCAACAUCCUCCCUCGACACAACCAAGACUCGGCGGCGAGCAUAAAAGACGAAAGCAACGGCCAGACCACUAGACCGGAUCCCAAUGGCCCGAAUCAAGGACGCUCGUGGUUCACCAACAGAUGGCGGAAUGAGCUUGUUGCCGCCUUUGCGGAGUUUGCUGGCACAUUCAUGUUCCUUUUCUUCGCGUUUGGAGGGACCCAGGUCGCCAAUUCGGCCGCCGUGGCCAGCAAUGCAUCUACAGCGGGACAGAACAAUAACAGCAUUACACAAGCGCCUGAUACAAGUGUGUUACUCUAUAUCAGCCUGAUCUUUGGGUUCAGCCUGAUGGUCAAUGUCUGGGUCUUCUUCCGUGUCAGUGGUGGCUUGUUCAAUCCUGCCGUCACACUAGGUCUCUAUCUCAUCGGCGCCAUUGGAUCCGUCCGCGCAGCGCUCUGCUUCGUCUCUCAGAUGCUCGCCGGUAUGUGCGCCGCAGCUGUUGUUGAAGCCAUUCUCCCUGGUCCCCUAAACGUUUCCACAAACCUUGGGAACGGCGUGUCCCCCGCGCGCGGCGUCUUUCUUGAGAUGUUCCUUACUUCGCUCCUCGUCUUCACCAUCUUCAUGCUUGCGGCUGAAAAGCACAAGGCUACGUUCCUAGCGCCCAUUGGCAUUGGAAUGGCACUCUUCGUCGCGGAACUUGUCGGAGUCUUUUUCACCGGCGGAAGCUUGAAUCCGGCAAGGAGUUUUGGACCUUGUGUUGUAACAGGAACGUUUCCGAGUUACCAUUAUAUCUAUUGGUUUGGCCCUAUCAUGGGAACGCUGUUGGCGUGGGCCAUGUAUAAAAUUGUCAAGAUGGCCGAGUAUGAGACUGUCAAUCCGGGCCAGGACUUUGACGAUCACGAGGCGGCUCUUUUCCACCCUCCUUCCCAUCCUUCAAGCGCAGGACAGGUCGAACGUCCGAAUGUCGCCGCCAUGGCUGUUGUGGAAGCAAUGCGUUCAAUCGAUCGAGUCUCGUCAAACGAAAUGUCAAGGGAGGAUAUGGGCGGUAUUGAUAGGCAGAUAACUCCAGAGUCUCCUCGCGCGGAUGGUAGGAGUGGACGCGUGGAGCACGUGUAA